AAACAAAAAAAAAACCCCAAGUCAAAGUAUUUAGUACACCAACAUUUUUUCUUCGUCUUACCCGAACACCACCAUUUUCUUCACUCUGCAGUGAUUCAAAGUUUGAAUUUUUUUUCUUCUCCAUAUCUUUCCCUCAGUGUGAUGGCAAUCGCAAGGACUGAUUAGGAAGUCAAAUUGCUUUCUAGUUUGUUCGAAAAGCUCAAGUUUUUUCAUUGGUUGAUAAUGGCUGCUCUGGCUCAGCUGCUACUCUUCUGUCUGCUUUUCUUGGCGGAAACUUUACUUGCUCACUCCAAGUUUAUGGUCUACAACACCUCUCAGACCAUUGUUCCUGGAAAACUCAAUGUCCAUUUGGUACCUCACACCCAUGAUGAUGUUGGCUGGUUGAAGACCGUUGAUCAAUAUUAUGUUGGUUCCAAUAAUUCCAUCCAGGGGGCUUGUGUCCAAAAUGUGUUGGAUUCUUUAAUUCCUGCACUCGUGGCUGACAAAAAUCGGAAAUUUAUUUAUGUUGAACAGGCAUUUUUUCAGCGAUGGUGGAGAGAUCAGAGUGACAUAGUCCAGAAUGUGGUCAAGCAGCUUGUCAAUUCAGGCCAACUUGAGUUCAUAAAUGGAGGUAUGUGCAUGCAUGAUGAGGCGACAACGCAUUACAUUGACAUGAUUGAUCAGACAACUCUUGGGCAUCAGUUCAUUAAGGAGGAGUUUGAUGUGACUCCAAGAAUUGGUUGGCAGAUUGACCCCUUUGGACAUUCUGCAGUGCAAGCUUACUUGUUGGGAGCAGAAGUUGGGUUUGACUCAUUUUUCUAUGGUCGCAUAGAUUACCAAGAUAGGGCUAAGCGCAAAAUUGAGAAGAGUCUUGAAGUUGUCUGGCGUGGUUCAAAGAGCCUCGGUUCAUCUGCUCAGAUUUUUGCUGGUGCAUUUCCCGAAAACUAUGAGCCUCCACCUGGUUUCUAUUUUGAAGUUAAUGCUGAUUCCCCAAUAGUUCAAGAUAACAUUGAUUUGUUUGAUUAUAAUGUUCAUGACCGAGUAAAUGAUUUUGUUGCUGCUGCAGUCUCCCAGGCUAACAUAACUCGUACAAAUCAUAUAAUGUGGACCAUGGGAACAGAUUUUAGGUAUCAGUAUGCACACACGUGGUUCAGGCAGAUGGACAAACUCAUUCAUUAUGUCAACAAGGAUGGACGUGUUAAUGCACUGUAUUCUACUCCAUCUAUAUAUACAGAUGCAAAAUAUGCUACUAAUGAAUCCUGGCCAAUCAAGACAGAUGACUUCUUUCCUUAUGCAGAUCGUGCAAAUGCUUACUGGACAGGCUACUUCACAAGCAGACCAGCUGUGAAACGCUAUGUUAGAAUGACAAGUGGCUAUUAUCUGGCUGCUAGGCAACUGGAAUUUUUCAGAGGUAGGAGUAAAUCAGGGCCCAACACAGACUCGUUGGGGGACGCCUUAGCAAUUGCUCAACAUCAUGAUGCAGUCACUGGGACAGAGAAGCAGCAUGUGGCUAAUGAUUAUGCAAAACGCUUGUCAAUUGGCUAUGUGGAGGCUGAGGAAGUAGUUGCAUCUUCACUUGCUUGCUUGUUUGAGUCUGGAUUAUACUCUGGAUGUGUGAACCCAACUACGAAGUUUCAUCAGUGCCCACUUUUGAAUAUAAGCUACUGCCCUGCAUCAGAAGUUAACCUGUCUCAAGGGAAAAGUUUGGUUGUUUUGGUCUACAAUGCUCUUGGAUGGAAGAGGGAUGAUGUCAUUCGAAUUCCUGUGAUUAAUGAAGAUAUCACUGUUCAUGACUCUGAAGGAAAAGAAGUUGAGUCACAGAUUCUUCCAGUGGCUGAUUAUUUUGUGGGCUUAAGGAACUACCAUGUUAAGGCAUACUUGGGUCAGACUCCAGAUCAGACACCUAAAUACUGGCUUGCAUUUGCAGUUUCAGUACCACCAUUUGGAUACAGCACCUACACUGUCUCAAAUGCCAAAAGAGCAGAUUCUGGUUCAACCAAAUCAUCUGUAUAUACAUUUCAAAGCAACGAAAACUCUACUAUUGAAGUUGGUCAAGGAAAUUUGAAGCUUACUUUCUCCUCAUAUCAAGGAAAAAUUACCAAGUAUAGUAACAGCAGGAGCUUGGUUGAGGACACAGUUGAACAAUCCUAUGGGUUUUACACUGGAUUUAAUGGGACUGGGAGAGAUAAAGAUCCUCAGAAUUCUGGGGCCUACAUCUUUCGUCCAAAUGGCACUUUUGUCAUAAAACCUGAAGAAGAGUUUUCUUUAACUGUUCUGCGUGGACCAGUAUUAGAUGAAGUACAUCAACAGAUCAACCCAUGGAUAUAUCAGAUAAGCAGGCUGCAGAAGGGGAAAGAACAUGUUGAAGUUGAAUAUAUUGUUGGGCCUAUACCUAUUGAUGAUGGAACAGGCAAAGAAAUUGUAACUCAAAUAACAACUUCAUUGGAUAGCAACAAGACAUUCUACACUGAUUCGAAUGGACGUGAUUUUAUUAAAAGGAUUCGUGACUACAGAACAGAUUGGGACCUUAAAGUAAACCAACCUGUUGCUGGAAAUUAUUACCCGAUUAAUCUUGGGAUUUACUUGCAAGAUAGUGAAAAAGAAUUCUCAAUUUUGGUGGACCGUUCUGUAGGGGGAACUAGCAUAACCGAUGGACAAAUAGAGCUGAUGCUUCACAGGAGAUUACUACUUGAUGACUCAAGGGGAGUUGCAGAGGCUCUAAAUGAAACCGUCUGCAUUCUUGAUAAAUGCACUGGACUAACAAUCGAAGGAAAAUUUUAUUUCAAAAUUGACCCCCUAGGAGAGGGUGCUAAGUGGCGUCGUUCUGUUGGCCAGGAGAUAUAUUCUCCACUAUUAUUAGCAAUUACUGAAGAGGUGAUAUCCAAGGAAGGAGAUAACUGGAUGGAUUCUCGUGCACCGACUUUUUCAUUGAUUGAAUCCUCAUAUAGUUUACCUGAUAAUGUUGCUCUUAUUACUCUUCAGGAGCUUGAUGAUGGAAAAGUUCUUCUUCGGUUAGCACAUCUAUAUGAGAUUGGAGAGGACAAGGAUCUUUCUAUAACAACAAAUGUGGAGCUGAAGAAACUGUUUCCCAGAAGAAAGAUUAACAAAGUGACAGAGAUGAGCUUAUCAGCCAAUCAAGAAAGAACAGAAAUGGAGAAAAAACGACUUGUUUGGAAAGUGGAAGGCCCUUCCGAGAACGAAGCUAAGGUUGCAAGAGGUGGACCUGUUGAUCCUGAACAAAUGGUUGUGGAGCUGGCUCCAAUGGAAAUUCGCACCUUUAUUAUUAACUUCACUCCUGAGAUUUAUCAAAAAGUAUUCGAGGAGUGAUUAUCCACCUGUAUUUGAUCAUUGUAUAAUUGACCAUCCAAAACAACACUGUUUUUUUUUUUUUUGGAUGUGGAAAACAAAAGAUGGUUACUACUUAGAGAUUAAGAAUAACCCAAGCAAGAGAUUUAAACUGCA